AUGGCGGUGGAACGCAACCUCCCAUGGAAGACGUCGAGAGAGACGAAAUCCAUCGUGUCGAUCAACCGCCCCGAGCUCUUGCUUCUUCUUCUCCUUCUCUCUUUCCCUCGCUCGAUCUCCGAGCUGAAUCAGAUGCAAGGCUACUGUGCCGUUGCAAGCGAUUCGGAGUGUAGUCGGUCGUUUACGAAGAUCUUGAUCAAGGAAGGGACCGUAGUAAACGCUCAUCAUAAGGAGGUCGCCGAUGUCUAUAUCGAGGACGGGGUCAUUGUUUCUGUGAGACCUAAUAUCAAGGUUGGAGAUGAUGUGAAAAUACUUGAUGCAACUGGGAAGUAUGUCAUGCCAGGCGGCAUCGAUCCUCACACUCACCUAGAGAUGGAGUUUAUGGGAACUGUGACAAUAGAUGACUUUUUCACUGGUCAAGCUGCUGCAUUAGCAGGGGGAACAACCAUGCACAUUGACUUUGUUAUCCCAGUUAAUGGAAGUUUAUCUGCAGGUUUUGAAUCCUAUAAAAACAAAGCAAAAAAGGCAGUAAUGGACUACGGUUUUCAUAUGGCCAUCAUAAAAUGGGAUGAAGAAGUUGCAAAAGAAAUGGAGCUAAUGGUUAAAGAGAAUGGGAUCAACUCUUUUAAAUUCUUUAUGGCAUACAAAGGAUCAUUAAUGGUCAACGAUGAGCUUUUAAUGCAAGGCUUGGAAAAAUGCAAGUCUCUUGGUGCAUUGGCCAUGGUUCAUGCAGAAAAUGGAGAUGGUGUUGCUGAAGGACAAAAAAGAAUGAUAGAUCUUGGCAUAACAGGUCCAGAGGGACAUGCACUUUCAAGGCCUCCAGUGUUGGAAGGAGAAGCAACUGCAAGAGCUAUUCAUUUGGCAAGUUUUGUCAAUACACCCUUAUAUGUGGUUCAUGUGAUGAGCAUCAAUGCCAUGGAGGAGAUUGCGAAGGCUAGAAAAGCAGGGCAAAGGGUUAUCGGCGAACCUGUAGUUUCUGGUCUAGUACUUGAUGAUUCUUGGCUUUGGGAUCCUGAUUUUACUACUGCUGCAAAAUAUGUAAUGAGUCCCCCAAUAAGGAAAGCAGGACAUGAUAAAGCCCUUCAAUCUGCACUUUCAACAGGAAUUCUGCAGCUUGUAGGAACUGACCAUUGCACCUUCAACUCCACACAGAAAGCUUUUGGUUUUGAUGACUUCCGGAAAAUUCCCAAUGGUGUCAAUGGUAUAGAGGAAAGGAUGCAUUUAAUUUGGGAUACAAUGGUGGUGUCUGGCCAAAUAUCUGUUACAGAUUAUGUACGGAUAACAAGCACUGAAUGUGCUAGAAUUUUCAAUAUAUACCCAAGAAAGGGAGCAAUACUGGAAGGAUCUGAUGCUGAUAUAAUUAUACUAAACCCCAAUGCAAGCUUCAAAGUAACUGCUGCUUCUCAUCAUUCUAAAUCCGAUACAAAUGUGUAUGAUGGGAGGACAGGGAAGGGUAAAGUAGAGGUGACAAUUUCAGGAGGACGAGUAGUCUGGGAAGAUGGCAUGCUGAACGUUAUGCCUGGUUCUGGCAAGUACAUCAGAAUGGCACCUUAUGGUUAUCUCUUUGAUGGGAUUGAGAAGGCAGAUGCUGCAUAUCUGGCUUCCCUUCGUGCUCCUGUUCAGCGGACCAAAGCUGCAGCCUAGGGUUAUAUUUCCUAUUGUCUUGAUAAUUUUAUCAAUAAUAGAAGAUACUCCCAAAUAAGGUGCAUGAAUAGAAUGGAAGCUGUUAUUAGGACAUUGUGUAUGUUAGAUGCGUGAUGUGUAAUGUUGAGAUAAUCAAGCAAAUCAUAAUGUUUCUAUUAACUGUCUGUAUAUAUAUAAGCACUUAACAUUACACUUGUGCAUGUAAAUAAAUUUAUAGAUGUGCCAAUACCCUUAA